UAUAACUUGUUUAUUAUUCCAUUUGUAUUUUUGUUCUUUUUUAUGUAGUUAGGUUGAGUUAGUUGCAUCAACUUUGAUAAAACACAGAAUCAAAAGGAAUUUGUUCAGGAUAAGUUGGUUUGAAAACAGAGAAUAAUUAAACAUUAAAAACGGAACAGGCAUCUCAUUUUCAGGGUCAAUUGACUCUUUUCCUUAUAAUAGUAAUGUUUUAGUGCUUCACCAAGCGUGCACUACUACAACAUGAAUCAUAUCUUUAUAUAUUUUCUCAUGCAUUGAUUUCUGUUCUUGAUAUUACCUGUAGCUCUUCAUCAUCAAUGGAGAUCACAAGGACAUUCUUUCUCAUAGUCAUUCUUGUGUUGCUUAUGCAUGGAACGAAAACUUUGGGGGAUGAUGGAGUUCUGUUGCUUGAUUACUACAAAGAGACGUGCCCCCUAGCAGAAGAGAUUGUGAGACGUAAUGUUGAGAAUGCAGUGCUCAAAGAUCCUCUAGUGGCCGCCUCACUCCUUCGCUUACAUUUUCAUGAUUGCUUUGUCACGGGUUGUGAUGGGUCAGUUCUUCUGGACAGCUCUGAGGGAAUGGUGAGUGAGAAACAUGCAGGGCCUAACAUUAACUCUCUGCGCGGAUUCGAGGUGAUUGAUAGGAUCAAGUAUAAUUUGGAAGAAGCAUGUCCCUGUACAGUCUCCUGCGCUGAUAUUCUAACUUUGGCUGCACGAGAUUCUGUUGCUUUGAGAGGAGGGCCAAACUGGAGGGUGUUUCUAGGCAGAAGAGACUCACUGAAAGCAAGCCUUGAUGAUGCCAACCAGUACCUUCCUUCGCCAAAUUCCUCCCUGGAAACUCUUAUUACCAAGUUUAAAUUACAAGGCCUUGACAGUGGAGAUUUGGUGACUUUGUCAGGUAGCCACACGAUGGGGAGGGCCAGAUGUGUGAGCUUCCGGAAGAGGAUUUAUGACAUCUCCAUGGAAGAACGAUAUGAUAAAUACAAAAGAUACACAACUUUCAGAAAAAUCCUGCAGUCUAUAUGCCCAAAAUCAGGAAGGGAUAAUCAGUUCACACCACUUGAUCAUACUACUCCAGCAAGGUUUGACAACCAUUAUUACGUUAACCUUCUGGAAGGGAGAGGACUGCUAUUUUCUGACAAUUCUUUGGUCGCUCAAGACCAUGAAGGAGAGAUAAUAAAACAGGUGUGGGCUUUUGCAGCUGAUCAAGACCUUUUCUUUGCAUCAUUUGUGAAUUCUAUUAUCAAGAUGGGCAACAUUAAUGUACUCACUGGACAGGAAGGAGAAAUUAGGAAGAAUUGCAGGUUUAUCAAUACCUAGCUUGUGGAAUAAUUUGCUCCCAAUAGUAUUUAUGUAAUUGCAUCUACUCCUCAGUAGUACACCUAAAGUAAUCUACAUAUCGUAUAUUAACAAAU